UUCUUUCAUUUUCGACAUGGAAUCGUCCACCAAUGAAAUCAUCAAAGAACUCCCUGGUAUAAUUCGUAUUUUCAAAAAUGGUCGAUUCCAGAAACUCCAAGUUCCUGAUAUUGUUCCAGCCGGCAUCGAUCCUUCCACCGGCGUCAAUUCCAAAGACGUCGUCUUUUCACCACAGAAUAACGUCUAUGCUAGGCUUUACGUUCCAAGAACCACAACCCUCCACCACAAACUCCCGCUUUUAAUCUUCUAUCACGGUGGUGGUUUCAUGAUCGAAUCCGCUAAGUCCUCUCUAUACCACAACUUCCUCAACCUCAUCGUCUCAGAAGCCAACGUCGUCGCCGUCUCCGUCGACUACAGACUCGCGCCGGAGUUCCCCCUCCCGGUCGCGUACGAAGACUCAUGGGAAGCAAUCAAGUGGGUUGCGAAGCAUGUUAACGGAAAUGGUCCAGAGCCAUGGUUGAACGAAUACGUCGAUCUUCAGAACAUCUUCCUCGCCGGCGACAGUGCCGGAGGUAACAUAGCACACCACAUGGCGAUCCGGGUCGGAUCGGAUACCCCAACCGGUUUACGGUUCCAGGGUGUUAUCUUGCUUCACCCGUAUUUCUGGGGUAAGGAACGGGUUGGUAAGGAGUCCGACUUUAUUGAACCCUGGUUGAUUGGUUUUCUGGAAGACUCAUGGGCUGUCGCGCACCCGGAAAGCAGCGGGCUGGAUGACCCGUUGAUCAACCCGGGUAUGGACCCGAAUAUAUCGGGUAUGGGUUGCUCCGAGAUGCUGGUUUUUAUUGGUGGGAAUGACUUUUUCAGAGAGAGGGGAUUGUAUUACAAAGAAGUGGUGGAGAAAAGUGGGUGGAAAGGAGAUUUGGAAGUGGUGGAGAAUGAAGGGGAGGAACAUGUUUUUUUCUUAUUUAAGCCUUCCUGUGCAAAUGCUUGUACUUUGCAUAAUAGAAUUUGUACAUUCAUCAAUAAUGCUUGAGAGUUGAGAGGAAUGUAUUGCUCGUCGACAUAAAAGUAUCCUACUCUCAUGUUUUAAUUUGUAAUUUUAUUAUGUUUUAAUA